AAAAACAUCUUCUAUUGACCCAGAGAGAAAGGGAGACGGACCCGAGCUGCUCUGGAUCGACAGGCCCUCUGGAAGCUCUUUCCAGAGGGCUUAAGAUGUCAGGAAGCAAGCAAGUCUUUCCACCAUGAAGAGGUUCCUAAACCAUCAGGAAGGUUGCCAGACACGGGUUGGGGAUUCUGGAGUCACACACUCGCGUAGCUGCUUCUUCGAUGCCUACACAACCGAACUAGGUCCAGUUCCAGCUGUUUAUACCCAACAAGAUAUCUACGAUCGAAUAUUGUCGAAUGGUUUUCAUGCUGGAUUCAUUCGCUUCGCAUGGUCGAAUUCAUACUAAAGAAGUCUAGGAUUUUGUUGCUCGGGUGAUGGAAUUCUAAUCCUAAUGAGGUAUGUUCAUUUUGAUGAGUCACAGUUCUGAGCCAAAUGACGAAAACACCCUCAGCCAUUCCUAGAAUGACUGGAUCAGAUUACAGUCCAAAGAGAAUCCAGCAGGCAGCAACCUUAUCUCUUCCGAACUCCCUCAAACAGCCAAUGCCUCAAAUUUGUGAACUCAAUGGAAGAAGGGGAAAAAAAUGGAAAUUUUAUUUAAUAAAAACGAGAAAAUGUGAGAGAGAGAAAAGAACAAGGGGAAAUAAAAUGGCAGCACCAUUCCUCUCCACUGCAAACACCUUCCUCUCCAAGUCAUCAACUUCUGCAACUCAGUCCUCAUUCGAGUUGUACCCAUUGAAGCAGAGCUUCAGAAGAACGGUGACUCUCUGCAAGGCCAUUGAUGGGGCACCGAGGGUGACAAAGAGAGACCUUUCCAUCUGUCUGGUUACAAGCUUUGUGUUUGCUGUAGGGGGAAGGGAGCAGCCAAACAGUAGUGCUGCAAAUGCUGCUAUUCUCGAGGCAGAUGAUGAUGUCGAGCUGCUUGAGAAGGUGAAGGAGGACAGGAAGAGGAGGCUUGAGAAGCAGGGGAUCAUCAACUCCUCCAAGAAAGAAACAGGGUAUCUGCAAGAUUUGGUGUACAAGCUGAGUGAAGUAGGCCAAGCCAUAGAAAAGAACGAUCUGUCAGCUGCAAGUUCGGUUCUUGGUGGAAGCACUGAGGCCGAAUGGGUCAAAAAGGCCAAUGUAGCAUUCACAAAGCUGAGCUCUAGUCCGGAAGAGAAGACAGAAGUGGACACAUUCAAUUCAUCUUUGGCUUCGCUUAUUUCAUCAGUUACGAAGAACGAUGUUGAAUCCUCCAAGGUUGCAUUUGUGUCAUCAGCUAGUGCGUUCGAGAGAUGGACUACCUUGACAGGGCUUAUUGACGAGCUCAAGGGGCUAUGAUAGACCAUAUAAAUGAUUUUUUCACGUUCCUGUCUCUUUGUUAUACCCUGUUCGCACCUUCCAUCUUUCUGAAUUUUCAUCAUGCGAGUAUCACCGGGAGUUGUACUUCGUGCUCGAACCCGAGCCAGUGUUUAUGAGUAAUAUAUCUCUUUAGACUUGCAAUUCCUCAGGCAGCUGUAUUAUGUAAAUUGAUGUUUCUAACUUACUGGUUAGCUUAAA